AAAAAUGAAGGCGGAAGGCGUGAAGCGAACAACUAAUGGUAGUGACUGUAAACGAUAAUAAGACAUGUGAAAGUCAGCUUCAAAAAUAUAAUCAUAAUUUAGAGUUAUGCGCAGUUCAUCGUAUAGGUUAACUUUCUAGAUAGGUAAUUUAUACUAGAAGGAAUCAUGAUGUAUUCUGUCUUCAGAAUCGGACGAACGUCGAAGUGUCUGCAGCAUAUAUUAAACCGUGUGCAUGUCAGAUUACCACAACACAUCUCCGCUUCACCUGUUUUUCAAACACCCCGAUGUCCUGCAUCCACGUGGACAUUUUAUCCCUCUCGCUCGCUUUACACAGGAGUUCAUGUCUGUAGUAGGAGCGGUGGGCAGAAGGACACGGACCAGGUGUCAGUUUCCAGAAGUUCCCACACACCUCCAAUCCCGUCUGCGGCGCAGAAAGUCAAACAAGCUGGCAAAGACUUCACCUAUUUGAUUGUGGUGCUCAUUGGACUCAGUGUAACAGGUGGACUGCUGUAUGUGGUUUUUCAAGAGCUGUUUUCCUCUUCAAGCCCGAGCAAAAUUUAUGGGCAAGCUUUUGAGAGAUGCAGAUCUCACCCAGAGGUCAUUGGAGCUUUUGGAGAGCCCAUCAAAGGUUUUGGGGAAACCAGUCGGCGUGGAAGAAGACAACAAGUCAGUCAUGUUGAGUACAUGAAGGAUGGACUCAAGUACAUGCGGCUGAAAUUUUACAUUGAGGGAUCUGAACCAGGAUUACGAGGAACUGUUCAUUCUGAAUCAAAGGAGAAUCCUGAGACUGGAAAAUAUGAAUUCAGGUAUAUCUUUGUAGACAUAGACACGUAUCCCAGGAGGACAAUCGUCAUUGAAGACAACAGAUAAAAUGGGUUUCAACAGUGUUAUGCAGUAUUGGGAAUUUCAGUAGCAGACGAGCUCUGACAAUUGAAUUUAAGCUUUGUUAACUGAAUCGGAAUUGGAUUUGUCACGUUUGAAUUUUGUUGGAUUGAUCAUCCACAGAGUAGUCUACAUAAACUUGUGAUGAUCUAGAUAUUUGGAGUGUGCUUGUAUUAAAACAUCUUGUAUUUUGUACAAGGAUUUGCAUGGUUUUUAUUAUAAAAUCUGUACUUUGAAAUAAAGAUCAAUUAUAGAAUUA